AUGCAAGGAAAAAGAAUUAUGGUGAUUGGUGCUGGAGUCAGUGGAUUAGGUGCCAUUAAGAUCUGUCUGGAGGAGGGACUGGAACCCAUCUGUUUUGAAGAAAGCAAUGACAUUGGAGGGCUGUGGAGAUAUGAGGAGAAGACGGAAGGAGGCAGGCCAAGUGUCUAUAAGUCUGUCAUCAGCAACACUUCAAAGGAGAUGAUGGCCUACAGUGAUUACCCUUUCCCUGACCACUUUCCCAACUACUUGCACAAUUCCAAAAUCAUGGAGUAUCUCCGUAUGUAUGUCAAACACUUUCACCUUUUGAAGCACAUCCGGUUUCUGUCGAAGGUGUGCAGUGUGAAGAAGCACUCUGAUUUCUCUUUCACGGGACAGUGGGAUGUUGUGGUGCAGGCUGAAGGAAAACAGGAAUCCUAUGUCUUUGAUGGGAUUAUGGUGUGUAGUGGACUUUUUAUCGAUUCCUUCAUGCCACUUCAGAAAUUUCCAGGAAUCAUGCGUUUCAAAGGUCAAUGUAUUCACAGUUGGGAAUACAAGAGUCCAGAGAAAUUUCAGGGCAAGAAAAUCAUUGUGAUUGGCAUUGGAAAUUCUGGAGCUGAUUUGGCGAUUGAGCUCAGUCAUGUAGCUGCACAGGUGUUUCUCAGCACAAGACGUGGUGCAUGGAUUUGGAACCGGGUCUGGGAUUAUGGGAUGCCCAUGGACACUGUUCUCUUUACUCGUUUUAAUUCUCUUCUCAACAAAAUUUGCCCUGAAUUUUUAAUCAACAGAUGGGCAGAGAAUAAAUUAAAUGCUCGCUUUAACCAUGAAAUUUAUGGCUUGCUACCUCAACACAGAUUUCUGACUCAUCAAGCUACUGUCGGUGAUGACCUACCCAACUACAUAAUAUCUGGAAGAGUUCUGAGGAAACCAAAUGUUACAAAGUUCACAGAAACAUCAGCCAUCUUUGAGGAUGGCACACAAGAGGAUGUGGACGUUGUCAUCUUUGCCACAGGAUACACUUAUUCUUUCCCAUUUUUGGAAAAUAAUUCAACAGUUCUGGAUAUCCAGCGUUCCAUGUAUAAAUGUUUCCCUCCUGAGCUAGAAAAACCAACGCUAGCUUUCAUUGGCAUCCUCCAGCCAGUAGGAGCCACUAUUCCCACAUCAGAACUCCAGAGCCGAUGGGCUGUACAUGUAUUCAAGGGAUUGAACAAAUUACCUUCAGUGAGUGGCAUGAUGGCUGACAUAAGAAAGAAGAGAACCAAAGCUGAAAAAGAGUACCUGAAUAGUCCCCGCAAUGCACGCAGAGUUCAGUAUGUGAAUUACAUGGAUGAAAUUGCCUCUGAAAUAGCAGUGAAACCCAACCUGUUCUCACUUUUCCUGUGGGAUCCAAAGCUGGCUCCGGAAAUUUUUCUUGGGCCGUGCACACCUUACCAGUACCGCCUACAAGGGCCAAGGAAGUGGGCUGGAGCCCGGGAAGCCAUUCUGACUCAGAGAGAACGGAUCAUUAAGCCCCUGAGGACUCGCACCCUCAUAUGUGACCAGGCUCCAUGGUCUGUGCCACUUUGGCUUAAAAGUAUCUGUGUAGCCCUUCUCCUCUUUGUUCUCACUUUCAUCAUUAAAGGAUAA